ACUUUUGUACGUUACAGUGAAGUCUGACCCUGCAGUUGCAAACCUGGUUUUCGGGAUAAUUGCUGUAAUCGGUCAACGGAAGCAGCAUCAGUUUUGUUUAUAUGUCUGAACAUAAGGGGAGUCGUCAAAGUACUCCUUUAUUUCGCCUUCUGAACUUCGAACUUUUCGUCAAGCCAGUAAUAUAAAUCUUAAUGUUUACCUAGCUAGAAUAAAGUCAUAAUAUCAUUUGGGUUAUCUGCAAUAACCGGAUGUGUCGCGUAUCUGGUCUACCUUAAUUUGACUCACCAGCAUUCGCAGGAUCUUGCAGCAUACGACAAUAUCAGCAAUAAACAAAAGUCUAACUGGGAUUGACCAUAGAAAUGCCACUCUACAAUACAGUCUUAUACAUUCCUCCUAUUGAACCCCCGAGAAUUACUGAUUUUGACUCUAGUAUUUCUCAUACUAACGAUGACCGGAUGAAAGUCGCAGAAGUAGAAACUUUUUUUGAAGAAUUUGAAGCACAACUUUCAAAGUUUUGCCAUUGUAAUCAACCAAAUAAUGUUCAUAGUCAAUGUUGUGUACCUGGUGCUGGAAAUUUUACACAUCCAGGAAAUGAAAGGUAUUUACGUCGUAGUGUUGUAGAUGAACAAUUAAGAGAUCUUACAAUUGAAGGUGAACGUAAUCGAACACGCCCAGAUCGAGAUCCACAAAAUGGCAAUUUUGAUCGAAACUCCAUUUCUAUUUUACAUCGACGUGGAAGAUUCGAUUCUCAUAUUAUAGUUCAAGAUUCUGUAACACAAUCUUCAAGUGGAAUAGCUGAAGCAGAAAGUAGUGAUAAUUUUCUUGUGGAUGAAGAAGAAGCUGAGGCUACUGUAGCAACAGAAGAAGAGCUCGAUAUUACAGAAUAG